CCUUUUCUUUUCAGAAACAUUUAACGAACAUGUGUUCUAUAAAUAGACCCUCCAACCUCCAGUCCAGUGUCCUACCAUAGCAACAAUAUUGAUUGCCCUGUUCAUCAUAUUCAUCCCCCUUUUGCUCUCGCCCCUUCCAUCGUGCGCCCAGCGCAUCAUCAUAGUUGGAUAAGGCUAGAGAUCAUCAUGGCCAAGGCCUUGCCUCUCGUCGCGCUGCUCAUCGCUGGGUGCGCGGCGCUGGCUUCGGCCGCCACGAUCACCGUCGGCGACUCGCAAGGAUGGACGACCGGCGUCGACUACACCAGCUGGGCCAGCGGCAAGAGCUUCUCCGUCGGGGACAAACUCGUGUUCAACUACGUGAGCAAGGCGCACACGGUGACGGAGGUGAGCAAGAGCGGCUACGACGCCUGCUCCGGCAACAACAAUCUGCUCGACGACGACAGCGGCUCCACCACCGUCCCGCUCAACACCCCCGGAACGCACUACUUCAUCUGCAACGUCCCCGGCCACUGCUCCGACGGCAUGAAGUUCGCCGUCACCGUCUCCGCCACGCCCUCCGGCAACACCCCGUCCGCGGGCGCCCCGCAGGUUUCUGCGGCGGCGAUGGCCUCCGUCGUCGCCGCGGCCGCCGGCGCUGCGAUCAAGCUCGCGCUCUUCUGACGGAGCACGGCCAUCGUCUCAGGGUAGAGACAGUGCAUGCAGACUACGUUCUUGGCCGUUGAUGGUUCGUGUGAUCAGUAAUCGUUGUCCACAUCUCUGCUACGUUUUCUGGCGAUUGCUCGUCGAGCAGCUCGUGUAAGCACGUUACUCUGCAGUGGCGUGCCUCUUGAUGUCUGUGAUUGUGUGUAUUCAUCACCAGGUGUAUAUCAUGUCUCAAUGUCUGAUCGUUUUUUGUUGUGUAUAUCUUCCUGCAAAUAAAAUAAAAUUUGAUCAUAUUGUGUUCAAUGGA